AUGACUACGCAACUCCCACUCCCCACCCCUCAACAGCGAGAAGAUGUUGCAGCUCGCCUUGAAGGUAUAAUCGAUGCACUCAUUGAACAUCCCAAAUGGGAGAACCCCCCAAACAAAAAUCCAACUCUUUACCAUGUAUGGGACUUUGUCAUGCGUUCCAAAUACAUGCUGAGUGAGUACGAAAAUGUUAAAAAUGGGAAAUCCGUCCAGUAUCCUAGUCAAUUCGGUGGUGCAGUCGGAUCCGGUGAUCAAGCAGCACUCGGUGUAUUCCAAGAUGUCUGCAGCCGCACCAUGAUGCUGGGUCUCUUGGUCAAUGAUACCAGUGGCAAAACUGCCAUGCUGACUGGCAAUGCUGGUCCGCCACUCGAUUUUGGCCAGAAAGUUAAGGAUGCGGUGAAAGCCUUGGAAACUGCCUGUCCCAAAUGA